UUGGCAAAUAUCGUCAGACAUCAUAAAGAAUUGAAGCAAAGAGAAGGUCUAUUCAACCACAAUCGCGCUCAAUUUUUCAGAUACAAAAGAAUGGUUAGAGCUUUACAAAGCGAUGAGUACAAGAAAAAAAGGCAAGCUGCCAAAUUAUCUCCAAUUUUGAACGAUGUCGAUGCAAUGAAGAUCUUUGUUGUACUAAUCAAAAACAAAAUGGUUUUACCAGUUGAAAAAAUUUCGACCAAGGAAGCAAGAGAAAAAGAUUUAAAACCAGUCAAGGAUUAUCCAACUCUAGUUUUAAAAACUAAAGCGAGUUUGACACCAGAUGAAUAUUAUGUUUGGAACUAUAAUCCAACAAAACCAAAGGACAUCAUUUACGGUAUCUUGGUUUUAAUUCUAAUACUUACAAUUGUCUUAUUCCCAUUGUGGCCACCAAAAAUGAGAUUGCUUGUGUACUAUAUAUCUGUUUCCUUGAUGGGUUUAAUUGGGGCAUUCUUUGGUUUGGCUAUCGUCAGGUUGAUUGUUUAUAUUAUCAGUUAUUUUAUACUACCAAAGGGCUUUUGGAUUUUUCCAAAUUUGUUUGCAGACUGUGGAUUUGUUGAAAGUUUCAUUCCAUUGUACGGCUGGGAUGAAACU